AUGAAGAUGAAUAAUAAUAGCAGAUUUUCCAGUUUCAUUGGCAUACAACACAUGUUUUUCUUUGAAGUCAGCAUUGGGAUCAUGGCUAACACUGUCCUGCUUCUCUUUCAUGUCCUCACAUUCCUUCUGGAGCACAGGCCCAAGCCCACCGAUCUGACCAUUGGUCACUUGUCUCUUAUUCACAUAGUGAUGCUCCUAACUAUGGGCUUCAUAGCUAUAGACAUUUUCAGGUAUAAAGAUUUGGGAAAUGAUAUCAUGUGUAAAUCUGUUAUCUAUUUGCACAGGUUGAUGCGGGGCCUCUCUGUCUGUACCACCUGCCUGUUGAGUAUCCACCAGGCCAUCACCCUCAGCCCCAGAAGGUCCUGUUUGGCAAAGUUCAAACAGAAAUCCCUGCAUCAGAACCUGUGCUUUCUCUUUUUAUGGGUCUUCAACAUGCUCAUCAGUGGAUGUUUUUUAAACUUCACUGUUGCCAUUCCAAAUGUGACCUCACAUAAUUUUAUGUUUGUCACUCGAUCUUGCUCCCUUUUGCCCAUUAGAUCCUUCCUUAAGUACAUAUCUUUGUCACUGAUGACUUUCCAGCACAUGUCCUUUAUAAGACUCAUGGCACUCUCAAGUGGGUACAUGGUGAUUCUCUUGUGCAGGCAUAAAAGGCAGUCUCAGCAUCUUCACAGCACCAGCCAUUCUCCAAAAGCAUCUGCAGAACAAAGGGCUACCUGGACUAUUUUGUUGCUCAUGAGUUUUUUUACUGUCAUGUAUAUUUUGGACUGCGUUAUUGAGUCCAUCUCCACACUAUUGUGGAAUCAUGACCCAGUUCAUCAUUGUGUCCACAUGCUGGUUGGCAAUGGCUAUGCCACACUCAGUCCUUUGGUGCUCAUCAGCACUGAAAGAUGA